AUGUCGUCUGCUGUAGCAGAACUGGAUAACUACCUCCAGUCUAUGCUGGCACUCAAGCCCCCGGGUGUUUCAGGCUCUAAGAUUAACAGUAUUACGUCGCUUUGCACGGCAAACGUUCAGUGGGUAGAAGCAGCGCGCAAGGCAGGGCAGCCAUCCGGUAGUGCUGCUCCCGAUGGUACUUUCGCCGCUGGUGUCAACAGAGUGACCGAAUUGCUACCCGUCCUCAUGACGGACAUCAUAAACAACGCUCCUGAAGAUCAAAAGGUACGCUCUAGAUGCAAUACGCAUAUUAUAUCAUCCAACUUUCACAGUGAUCGCGGGCAAGCAUAG